AUGUUCUCCAACCUCCCAUUCUAUCUAUCUCUCUUCACAAGCGCCCUCCUCUUCAACCCCCACCCCCACGCAACAGCCUACAAACCCCUCUCAGACACCUUCCUCCGCGCAAUCCCCUCGCCAGGCCACGCCCUCAACCCACAAAACGGCACCCUCCUCGCGCCCCUCCUCAUCCCACGCGUACCCGGAACACCAGGCCAAACGACCGCCCAACGCCACUUCCUCGACUUCUUCACGCGCGAGCUGCCAAAGUGGAGUGUAGCCUGGCAGAACAGCACGGCCGCGACGCCCGUGUCGAACGGCGCGGACGUACCCUUCGCGAACCUCGUGUUCAAGCGGGAGCCGCCGUGGGUUAAGCCGGGACAGGCGAAUCUGCUCACGCUGGUGGCGCAUUAUGAUUCCAAGGUUGCGCCUGAGGGGUUUGUGGGCGCGACGGAUAGUGCGGCGCCGUGUGCCAUGUUACUGUAUGUUGCGCGGGUCGUGGAUGCGUAUGUGAGUCGGAUGCAUGAGGAGAUGCAGGAGCUGGGUGAGGGGGGCACGGUGGAGAUGGACAUGGGGAUUCAGAUAUUGUUUUUGGAUGGGGAGGAGGCGUUUGUGCAGUGGAGUGAUGAGGAUAGUCUGUAUGGGAGCAGAGCUCUGGCAAAAGAAUGGUCGGAAUCAUAUAACCCGCCCUCGGCAACCUUUUACAAAUACCGCACCCCGCUCAGCCAGAUAUCUCUGUUCGUUCUACUGGAUCUUCUCGGCUCUGCGUCCCCUUCUGUCCCCUCAUACUUCCCGACCACGCACUGGGCUUACAAAAAACUCUCCUCAAUCGAAUCCCGCAUGCGCGCCCUCGACCUUCUCGAGUCAAGCCCAUCUUCGCCGUUUCUGCCUGACAACAACAUGACAAUGGCGCGUGGCGCCAUAUCAGACGACCACCUCCCCUUCAUAGCCAGAGGGGUCGAGGUGUUGCACGUCAUCCCCGAUCCGUUUCCGCACGUGUGGCACAAGAUGGAGGAUGACGGAGCGCAUCUGGACAUGGAGACUGUGCGGGACUGGGGGAAGAUCAUGGCUGCGUUUGCGCUGGAGUGGUUGGAUAUGAGUGAAGUGUGGGACGAGCCAGGGGAGGCGGGGCAAUGA